CUCCACACACCUCUGUUUACCGCAGAGACAAAUUUAAUCCAGGAAAGAUGCCGGGAAGAUGCUUGGUGAAAGAGUUUGAAGACGGUACCCUGUCAAAGAGAUGUCUAAUUUCCGGCAAAGCAUUCUACCUCGAUCUGCCAAGCAACAAAAGCACACAAUUCCUGGAGAGUGUUUUGAAGAAACUCGGAGGGAUAAUAGAAAGCUUCCUCAGUAAAGAAGUGAAUUAUGUGGUUUCCAGCAGUAAAGAAGCAACACUUGGGAAUAAAUCUGGUAAACUGGCAUCCGUUUCCAAAAGAGAAUACUGGAAAAAUAGCCAGGUUGCUUCCCCUCAUCCAGUCCACGUGAGAAGUGGCCAGACAACCAGUUGGGGGAAAAGAUUACUUGAAACAGUGAUCAAGAACAAUGAAUACAGUGCCAGUAAUAGCAUCUUGGCCAAUGCUCGUUCCUGGGGAGUGAAAAUCCUUCAUCUUGAUGAUCUAUUAGCAUAUGUUGAAAGAAGGGGAUUUAAGAGAUCACCAAAUGCUGGUAGAAAGACUGAGGGAAAUGGUCAUUCAUCCAAAUCCACUUGCAAGGGUAAAAAAGUGGAGAGACUAAAACAGCCUUUUGUGAAAGUUGAAGAUUCCUCUCGUCAGUUUAAACCCCUUCACCAGCAGUUUGACAGCUUUCCAGAACUGAAUUACCAAUCACCCAGAGGAUCCAGUGCAUUUGACCUUCCAAAGAAAUCUCGGAACGGAGGCCAGGAGCAGGAUAAGAGUAAACAUCGACGAACCAACAGCGAGGGAGAUAGCAAAACCUUUUUGAAGCCAACAGUAAAACAUAUGGAAAAGAAACGACAGAAAUUCUGUGAAUGCUGCAAUGAGACGUUCAAUGAGCUGGAUACACACCUUCAGUCUGAGCAGCAUCAAGACUUCGCAAUUGACUCCUCUCAGUACACAACUCUGGACCGUAUUAUGUCUCACUUAGAAAAUGAAUUUGCAGAGCACCAAAAUACUGCAUGCAUCCAACGAUCCCUCAACUCUAUUUCAACUCCUGUAAGCUUAUUAACCAAAAUGGACAUGAAUCAUUACCGCCUGUUGAGUACCUCAGUCCUGCCAUUGAAACGCUUUCACCUGAAUCUGUAG